AUGAAUCCUUCCCACGAUCCCUCCCAAUGGGAUGACGACUGGGUAGACGGAGAUGCAACCCCUCGUUCUUACCAACCCCAGGAGGGCAGCUACAUGAAGAAACACCUAACGGUCGGCCAUCACUACCGAGAUGGUUUCCCCCGCCCAAAGGACCGUGACGGUGUGCUCCAUCAUAGGGCUGGUGGUAGAGUUGAGCCCAAAGGCAAAUAUCCCUAUGCUCUACCAGAACCAUUUACCAAAGGUGGUGUGAUGGAAGAAGACUACAAAGAUUACAAGAAAAUGCAUCAAGAUUAUGGCGUGAUGAACAGUGCAUUCGAGGACGAGAGGGCCACUACCAAGAAGCAAGGAGUGUCAUGGCUGGGGCUGGCGAGUAUGGGCGUCAGGCGCACUACCACAAGCAUUCACUCGACGGCGGAAUUCCGCAAGAUUGGCAGCGUCACCAGUAAGUCGGAGCUAUCAGAACCGGCGUGGGGAUUCACUGACUUAUUUCGUGGCAGUGACCAAUAUAGAACCAUCGAUAGGCAGGCUAAGCAAUUUGAAGAGCAGCGAACCCGUGAUCAUCGUGAGUCUCGCGAGCACUUCCAGCGGACUGGAAGUUACGGCGGUGGACAGCGUUUGCAGAACGGUCGUGACGAAUGGAUUGAUGUUGGUGGUGGCCGUCGCCGAUACUACGACGAGGAGGAGAAUGACUAUGUGGCGCCACCACCUGAUAGUAGGUACUAUUGA